AUGUCAUUUCAAAGGCGAUCUACUAGUUCUGUUACACGAUCUUCAAGGACUAGUACUACACCCAGAGACGUUAGAAGACGUACUGUAUCGGGACAAAAUACAAGAGCUAAAUCUGUUACAUAUUCUAAUAAUACACAAAAAUUGGUUCGAUCUAGUAAUGAACUGAGUUCGAAUAUUCAAGUUUAUGUUCGUUGUAGGUCGAGAAACCAAAGAGAAAUUGAUGAAAAGAGUAGUGUUGUCAUUUCAACAAUGGGACCUAAUGGGAAAGAAGUUAUGUUAUCAAAUUCAACAAAUUCUGGUUCCUUAUCAUAUCCGAAGAAGACAUAUAUAUUUGAUCAAGUGUUUGGUGCUGAAAGUGAUCAAAAUCUCGUAUUUGAUAUUACAACAAAAAAUUAUAUACAGGAAAUGAUGGAUGGUUAUAAUUGUACAGUCUUUGCAUAUGGUCAGACAGGUACUGGGAAAACUUAUACGAUGUCCGGUGAUAUUAAUAUUUUGGGAGAUGUUGAAUCACAGGAUAAAAUUUUAUUAGGAGAACAUGCAGGAAUUAUACCAAGAGUAUUAGUUGAUCUAUUUCAAAGAUUGUCGAAUGAAACAAAUAAUGAUUUUUCUGUUAAAAUUUCAUUUUUAGAAUUAUAUAAUGAAAAAUUAACAGAUUUAUUAUCUAAUGGUAAUUCAGAUGAUGAAACUAUUAGAAUAUUUGAUAAUCAUAAUAAUACUAAUAAUACUAAUCAUCAUAAUAAUAAUAUUAACAAUAAUCAUAAUAGCAAUAAUAUCAGUAAUAGUGUUAGCAACGGUAGUGGAAAUAAACAUUAUGGGUUAACUAAUUCAAAUUCUUCUUCGACACAAGGGAUGAAAUCAAAUAAUAAUAAUAUUAAUAAUAGUAAUAACAAUUCUCAUGAUCCUAAUAAUAUUUCAAGUAACCAUCAUUCAAAAGUAAAUUCAAAUAAAAAUGUAUCAAAUUCUGCCAUUAUUGUAAAAGGGAUGGAAGAAAUAUAUAUUAAAUCUGCUUAUGAAGGUUUACAACUAUUAACAGAAGGUUCUUUGAAAAGAAAAGUUGCCUCCACGAAAUGUAAUGAUCUUUCAUCACGGUCUCAUACAAUUUUCACAAUUACUACCCAUAUUACUAAGAUUGAUCCCAUAUCUGGUGAGCAAUAUGUUAAGAUUGGGAAAUUAAAUUUAGUAGAUUUAGCAGGUAGUGAAAAUAUUAACAGAUCAGGCGCCGAAAAUAUUAGAGCUCAGGAAGCAGGUUUAAUAAAUAAAUCAUUACUUACAUUAGGUAGGGUUAUUAAUGCAUUAGUUGAUUAUUCUCAACAUGUUCCAUAUAGAGAAUCGAAAUUGACAAGAUUGUUACAAGAUUCAUUGGGUGGUCGUACUAAGACUUGUAUUAUCGCUACAAUAUCACCCGCAAAGAUAUCGUCAGAAGAAACUGUAAGUACGUUAGAAUAUGCGACUCGUGCUAAAUCUAUUAAAAAUACCCCACAAGUCAAUCAAUCAAUGUCCAAGGACGUAUGUCUCAAUGAAUAUGUCCAUGAGAUUGAAAGAUUAAGACAUGAAUUGAGGACAUCGAGACAGAAGGAUGGAAUAUAUGUAAGUCAAGACCAAUAUGAUUUAUUUGAAAGUAAUGAGAUUCUAUUACAAGAACAAAAGAUGAGAAUACAUAAUAUGGAAGAACAAACUAACAGAUUUAAACAAGAAUAUGUUAAACAAACCGCAAUCAGUAAAGAUUUGGAAUUAAAAUUGAAGGAAACUGAGAGUACAUUACAAGGAAUACAGGAACAAAAAUUUUCAUUAAUCAAUGUAUUUGAAGAUUAUGAAAAAUCGAAUAAUUUGUUUAUCAAGGAAGUUCAAGACAUACAUUCAAUAAAUUCAAAUAUAUUAAACAAUAUUACAAAGGAAAGAAAUGAAUAUUUCGAUGAAUCAAAAGAUUUUAUGAAACAAAUAUGCAAAGCCAAAGAUAUAACAUUGGAACAAGAAAAGAAGCUUCGUUCGGUGGUUGGAGAUAUAAUGCUUUAUAAUAACACUUUUAAGGACGUCAUUGAAGGUGUCUAUAGUGAAUUACAAACCAACUCAACUGUGUUAACAGAUAAUGUUUCCACACAUAUUGCAACUAUUGAUUUUGAAAAUAUAUCGAAACUAUUAUUGAACAUGAAGGACUCAAUCCACACACAAUUAGUAUUAUUGAGGAAAGAAAAGAGUAAUAUGGUAUCUGAUCCUUACAAAGUACAUAGGGUUAUUCUAGAAUCUUGCUUCCAACAAGUGACUAAGUCGUUAAACGAUUGCUCAGAGAUUCUUCAGAAGGAAUGUAAUACUAUUUCCAACAACGUUGUGAAUGAUUUGAAUGUAUUGGAUACCAAAAUUGUAGAUGACACAAACAUCACCGUAGGUAUUAUUAUUAAACAAAGGCAACAACUAAUCGAAUUAGAGAGUAAACUACAAGAGGAGCAAAAAAAUACAACACAUUUAAACGAAAAACUGGAUAUACUUACGAAAUACUUUGAGGAAUAUGUUACCAAGGAAAAAUCUAACUUGUAUGACAUCUUAUCUGAUACAUUCCAAACGUUUAGACUGAAACAAACCGAGCUUGACAAACUCUUCCUGAAUAAGGCUAAAACAGAGAUCAUCUCACUUGGGAACAGAAAUAAUAAAACUAUGAAGGAGAGUAUUAAAAAUAUAAAGGAAGUCUCUAUACAUUCAUUUGAUAGUAUCAACGAAACGGUCACACAAAACCAAUCACAUAUUAGCGCUUUGCUCAAAGAGAGUAGUAAUAAUGUCCCUGAUCAAAUAUCGAAACUUCCGAUAAAGAAGUCAGUUCAACGUAUUCUAGACACUGUUACUGCAGCUUGUAACGAAGACUCAUCAAAAAAUCUACACAACUUAUUGAAGGAAUUGAAUGAAAAUAAGUAUCAAGAUGAUGUAAACAUAGCAAACAACAUACAGCAAAUGGUGACAUCUUUGGCAGAAUUAGUCAAGUCUGACAACCAAAAAAACCAAAUUGCAUUCAAUGACAUCCAAAAUGAUAUUAAACAACUGGAUGAAUUUGUAACUAAUGAUUUCAACUCCAACAUUACCCAAAUAGCCAAAACACAAACUGACAUUAUAAAAAAACAUUCUGACCACAUUUCGGUUGUAGCUGAAACUUUAAAUAAAAAUUCACAGUUUUCCAUUGAAAAAGAUCUCCAACAAUAUGACAGUCAUCCACAAGUUGUAAAGAUGUCUAAGCUGCCAGAUUUCAAGAAGCCAUCCAAUUAUGAUCUGUAUGACAACAUGAAAACAGAGAAAAAUGUAGAUGUGACACAUAUAGAUGGUAUUUCACUAGAUAAUAUUUCUCCUGUUCAUAUUUCGUUAUCAAAUAUCAAAUAUAAUCCAAGUACACCAGUGCCUGUCCCAGAUCAUCCUUUACCGCAGUCAAAAGUUUUAAUGCCCAGAAGUGUGAAUACCAAAAAUAUUAGAUCAAACACUGUUUCGACCUCAAUUAAACAAAGUUCAAGUAGAGUAACAAGUCCUUUAAAACCAAAUAAUUUAAAAAGAAGAUUUACUUUAGAACCACUUGAUAGUGAUAUAUCGGCUGCCGAAUCAAAAGAAAAUAAAGCACCUUUGGAUAGCAUAUUUGAAAUAAAGAAGGUUCACCUGGAUCCUAACAUGCCGCAUUUGAAAAAUACCAAAUAG